AUGAGAGUGGCCUCUGUCUGGUUGGGAGCUUUAGUAGGCGAGAGGGUCCAGCAGUAUGCAGUGGAUGUGACUCUUGAUCCUGAUACAGCACAUCCUUUUCUCAUCCUGUCUGAUGAUGGAAAACAAGUACACUGUGAUCAAGAGGAGAAUGAUCUUCCAGACAACCCAGAGAGAUUUUCUAAAUUUGGCAUUGUUUUAGGAAAGCAGAGUUUCUCUUCAGGCAGAUUUUACUUUGAGGUUCAGGUUAAAGCAAAAACCUUAUGGAUGUUAGGAGUGGCCAGAGAGUCAGUCAACAGGAAGGAAGAAUUCACAUUUGACUGGACUCCCAAGAAAGGUUACUGGUGUGUUUUUAAGGGAGAUGAAAAUCUUUGUGUAGCUCUUAAGGACCCUCCAGUCCGUGUUUCUUUUCAGUCUUAUCCUGAGAAGGUGGGGGUGUUUGUGGAUUAUGAAGAGGGUCUGGUCUCAUUUCAUGAUGUAGAGCAUGCAACGCUUAUCUACUCCUUUACUGGCCGUUCCUUCACUGAGAAACUCUACCCAUUGUUCUGUCCCGGAUUUAAUGAUGACGGUAAAAUCAGUCCACCCCUGAUCAUCUGUCCUGUGAUGGGUGAUGGUGACAACUGAUCUAUCAGUCAGUCUGUCUUUUCCAAGGGGAAAUUGAAUCAAUUACAGGUUAAUUUCAGCAUUUAAACCAACUCAGAGAAGAAGUCCUAACAAUAGAACUGACCAAACCGCACCUGUUGAUCAAAACCACGUGACAUAGUUAGAAGCUACAGAAAAAGCUAGUAAGCGGAACUUCAGUUGAUUGUUUUUUGAAAUUGUUAUAAAUAUAUAAUCAAUCUGAGAAAUUUUAUAUAAAAAAAAACAACCUUUCUUUAAUUUUCUUUUAGAGUUAGGGUCUGGUUUCCUUUCAUGAUGUAGAUGAUGCAGCUCUUAUCUACUCCUUUACUGGCUGCUCCUUUACUGAGAAACUCCACCCAUUCUUCUUUCCCGGUGUCGAUGAUUAUGGUGGUGGUGGUAGCUGUUUCUCUGAUCAUCUUUUCUGUCAGUCAACCAGUCUGAU